AGAGGGAGCUGCAUCAGCAGCAGCAGCUGGAGCAAUGCUGAUAGCGACAGCCGUAGAAGCAGUUGCAUCAGCAGCAGCUGUAGCAAUGCUGAUGGGAACAGCAUCAGAAGGAGCUGCAUCAGCAGCAGCAGCUGUAGCAAUGCUGAGAGUAGCAGCUGCAUCAGCAGCAGCUGUAGCAAUGCUGAUGGGAACAGGAUCAGAAGGAGCUGUAGCAAUGCUGAUGGGAACAGCAUCAGAAGGAGCUGCAUCAGCAGCAACACCAGCAGCUGUGGCAAUGCUGAGAGUGGCAGCUGCUGCAGCAGCAGGAAGAGACACGUGAGACACGGGGAUAUCAGAACUGCCUCAGGCCACAGGAGCGUCGUGAGAAACGAAGCGAUCAUCACCAGGAUCAUCGCCACCAUCAUCACCAGCAUCAUCAGCGGUGUCGUUCCGAGUGGACUCAAAGGCUCAGGCGGCAUCAUCGGCUCGGACGCCGUCGGGAUCAUUGUCGACAGCGGCGUCGGCAAACUCAUUCGCAUCACCCCCUCGGUCGACACGAUCGUCACUGCCGCGACCACGAGCCUCGCCGCCGUCUGGGACAGCGUCAACCUCGCCGGAGCGACGCGGCCACGUCCGCUGGCAACCUUCUUCGCCUUUGCCCUGACCUGCGCCUCCUUGUCCUCGUGCUCAACACCGGAGCCGGGUCGCCACCGUCUCCUGGUUCUGACCCCGAGCGCGAGCUGCGAGUCGUCGUCGUCAUCAUCAACCCUCGACGUCUUCCCCGAGCAAGCGGUGCGACUGGCCACGUCGCGUCUCAACAGGGAUCCCGGCUACACGGGGCCGAGACUGGAGGUCACCGUCGUACCGGAAAGCUGCGACGCUGCCCAAGCGUUAGAGGAUCUCUGCGCGACUCUCGUCUCGGCGGACCCGAGGAACUCCAGCAUCGUGGGACCAACUCAUCCCGGACACUGCGAGGCGGCGGUGGCGCUCGCCACGCUGCACGGCGUCCCCAUCGCUCCGCUGAAUUGCCAGCCCGAUCCUUGGACUUUGACGUUGAGCGAGACGGGUUCGAUCCCUGCAAGUGGAGGCAACGACUCUGCGCCACGGGCUUCUACGUCGCCGCCGUUGUCCCUCGUGGUGUCAGCGACUCCUCCGUCGGCCGAGGUUCUGCUGCUGCUUCUGCGCCACUUCGGGUGGGCCCACACGGCUGUGGUGGCCGCCGAUACGGCGCCGUGGAGAGCGGUGGCGGCGCAGUUGGCAGCAGCGCUCAGGAGGUUGGGGGUGCCGGUCGGGGUCGUGGCGCGGGCGGGGGCGAGGGAGGAGAGCGCGCGUCAGGCUCUGUCGCUCAUACAGAGGGCGCAGAAGAUCAAGCUGGUCAUCAUGUGCAUGAGCUCGUCGCUGCUCGGAGGCGCCGAAGAGAGCGUGCUCCUCCAGACGGCGGCGCGCCUCGGGCUCACGCGGGGCAGCCACGUGUUCGUGCCGCUCGAGCCGAUGCUCUGCAGCCUCGGCCACGGCCCUCUCGAGACGUACCCACAGCUGGCCGACGACCCGGCCCUGCGGCAGGCGUACGACGCCACCUUGACACUCAGCCUCCUCUCGUCGCCCAACGCCUCGUUCCGAGACGCCGUGCGGGACGCGCGGAGCCGCGGGGAGAUGCCCCAGGGUGUUGAGGCCAGGGAGAUCUCCCCCCUCUUCGGCUCCGUCUACGACGCCGUCUCGCUGCUCGCCAGCGCCCUCCAACUCGGCCGCUUGUCCGACCUCCGAGCCGACGGCCUCAGCCGCGUGCUUCGCACCGAUGCCGCGGGUCGCCCCGUGGCUCGCUACGCCGUGCUGGACACGGACGGAGACGGGGACACCCUGAACGCGGUGCUGACCCUGGACAGCGAGAUCGGCGAGGUGGAGCCCGUGCCCGGGUCGCGCCUCCACUUCCCCGGGACUGGGGCACCCCCAGCGGCCGAUCCCGAGUGCUGGUUUGAUCCCACGCGUCCCUGCGUGGCGGGAGUGGAGCCCAGCCUCAUCCUGCUCGUGAUGGUGGUGGCGCUCUGCUUCGUGCUGGGAGGAGUGGCACUCACCUUCUUCCUGAGGAGAAGAAUCCAUCAGCUCCAGAUGGUGAAAGGUCCCAACAAGAUCCUGAUGACCCUGGAUGACCUGACCUUCAUCAACCCACAGCAGAGCCGCAAACUCACGGACGACGGCCGAACGAGCGUGGCGGGGCGCAGCGUCACCGACCUGAAGGGCACCGCGAGGCCUUCCCGUGGCUCCGUGUCGGGCAAGAGCGUGACGCCCGCUCCGGAGAGCAGCAGCGUGGCCGUGUACGAGGGUGACUGGGUUUGGUUGAAGAAGUUCCCCAAAGGCAAGUUCGGUGAGAUCCGGCAAGCCACCACGAGCGUUUUCCGAAAGCUACGGGACAUGCGUCACGAGAACGUGAACCCGCUGCUCGGCAUCUUCAGCGACCUGGGGGUGGCAGCCGUGGUGUCUGAGUACUGCCUCCGCGGGAGCCUCGAAGACCUCAUCCGCAACUCGGACAUGAAGCUGGACUGGAUGUUCAAGUCGUCGCUCCUCUUCGACCUCAUCAAGGGCAUGCGCUACCUGCACCACCGCGAGGUGGUGCACGGGCGCCUUAAGUCUCGCAACUGCGUGGUGGACGGCCGCUUCGUGCUCAAGGUGGCCGACCACGGCUUCAACGAGCUGCUCGAGUCGCAGAGGAUCGUUCGCGACGAGCCCUCGGCACGUGAGCUGCUGUGGUCUGCGCCUGAGCUGCUGCGAGACGCGGAGGUGGCGAGACGCGGCACGGCGCGCGGAGACACCUACAGCUUCGCCAUCGUGCUGCAGGAGCUGAUCGUGCGCGGGGCGCCCUUCUGCAUGGUGGACCUCAGCGCCGAGGAGAUCGUGCGCAAGGUGCGCAAGCCGCCGCCGCUGUGCCGCCCAUCCGUGUCCAUGGACCAGGCGCCCGUCGAGUGCAUCCAGCUGAUGAAGCUCUGCUGGAACGAGCUGCCCGAGCGCAGGCCCAGCUUCGACAGCAUCUUCGACCAGUUCAAGAGCAUCAACAAGGGCAAGAAGACCAACAUCAUCGACUCGAUGCUGCGGAUGCUGGAGCAGUACUCGAGCAACCUGGAGGACCUCAUCCGCGAGCGCACCGAGGAGCUCGAGGUGGAGAAGCAGAAGACGGACAAGCUGCUCACGCAGAUGCUGCCCCCGUCGGUGGCCGAGGCCUUGAAGACGGGCGCGGCCGUGCGGCCCGAAUUCUUCGACGAGGUGACCAUCUACUUCAGCGACAUCGUCGGCUUCACCACCAUCUCGGCGAUGAGCGAGCCCAUCGAGGUCGUGGACCUGCUCAACGACCUCUACACCCUCUUCGACGCCAUCAUCGGGGUCUACGACGUCUACAAGGUGGAGACCAUCGGAGACGCCUACAUGGUGGCCUCGGGGCUGCCCAAGCGCAACGGCAAGAGGCACGCGGGCGAGAUCUCGGACAUGUCGCUCGACAUCCUGAGCAGCGUCGGCUCCUUCAGGAUGCGCCACCUGCCCGACGUGCCCGUGCGCAUUCGCAUCGGCCUGCACACGGGUCCCUGCGUGGCCGGAGUGGUGGGGCUCACGAUGCCACGCUACUGUUUGUUCGGGGACACGGUCAACACGGCGUCGCGCAUGGAGUCCACCGGCAUGCCGUGCCGCAUCCACAUCAACCGCUCGACCGUCACGAUCCUCGACUCGCUCGACAAGGGCUACAAGUACGAGCUGCGGGGCAACACCGAGCUCAAGGGCAAGGGCGUGGAGGAAACGUACUGGCUGGUGGGGCGACAGGGCCUCAACAAGCCUCUACCCGUACCCCCCGAGAUGAAGCCAGGGGAUUCAGCGCAUGGCAUUAACGUCGAGGAAAUACUCAAGUACCGGCAGAAAAAGAAAUGAAAUGACCGGCGGGACGGACGUGGAGGUGGACACAAAUGCCUCGUUCUGCCGGUUCCAUCAAAUCCCUCUCCCCCUCCCUCCCCUUCCCCUCCUUUCCUCCCUCCCCUCCCUCCCUCCCUCCCCUCCCUCCCUCCAACGUGCGCUUCACUCGAGCGGUGUCUAAAUCAACAGGGCACCGGUUUACGUUUGUCGAUGAUGCGCGUCGUUUAAAAACUCAGGGCCCACCACCACCACCUCCUCCACCUCCAUCGUCGGCUGUGACGCCACGGCCCAGUGGUGAGGGGGGGGGGGGGCGUUCGCGGUUCGAAACCGGCAGCCCGCCCUGGUUAAUACCGCGGCGGUGCGUGACCGCACGUGCGAUGAAAGACUCCAAGUGCGACACUUCUUGGAUAAAGUUUUUUUAUUGUCCUCGACUCAACAACAACUUCCAGUACCCACCACCAGCCAACACCAGUCCCUUGUCUUCUCUCUCCCCUCCCCCCUCUCCUCCCCCCUCUCUCAUCUCCACCCAUCCCCUUCCUUCCCACCAACCCCUCUGCUCCCUUCUAGCCGCCUCGACAGGACCCCCCCCCCCUUGCCUCUUUCAAAUCUCCCCGCCUUCUCUCUCUCUUUCUUUCAAACUUUCCAACCAAUCACCAUCGAGCAAGCCGCGUCACAGCGAUUGCCAUGCAGUUAUGGUGCAUACAAAGACAAAGACCCCCCGUGUAGCCUUAACAGACUGUUGGGGCAAGUGCUGUUAGCGAGCAGCACCUAUGAAGGCCGGCGUGGCACACGAGGGGGUGGGUGGCCAGCACCACGUGUGUGCCGUACCCAUCUCGCCCCCAUGCCCUUGCAAGGAUGUCUCCUGUCCUGACAAUGUCUACGUUGCGUUGAACUUCUUUCGCGCCGUACGUAGCCAAUCGGCGGUGCGGGCGGAAGGACAACGACACAAGCAGGCAGUUCUCAAGAAAUUAGUUUUCAAUCUCAGAAUAUCUAUUUAUACUGGAGGAAUCCGAUGAGCACUGAAGCUCUUUAUCAUCGAUGUCCAGUCGGGGGUCGGCUAGCUGCGGCUCUUCUAAGGGCCGCUUCGUGACAAGUUAUUUAUUAACGACCAACCGUAUCGUAUUCACAUCGCAUUGCGGCUCUUAAAACUAUUGAGUUUGUUAAUGAAUUCAAAAACAAAAAUGGCUCUUCUUGUCAUUUUGACUGCCCGGGCUCUGAUCGAGGUGGUUUAAAAGUGCAUCUCAGCUCCCAGCGGCCUCCUAAUAUCACAAAGGAAAGAGCGUUCCAGACGGCCGCAGAAGCACGCGUGAACGC